UCCGUGCGGUAUACCCGUUCGCGACGUCGGCAGAUGAUCACAUCGAGCCUGGAAUGGUUCGAGAUCCAUCGGCAUCGCUGAACCAACCUCAACUUUCCUCUGUGUCUUGACUCUGCACCCACAAACUUCGCCUGACCUUUUCCGUCCCGCCUCAAGCGAACCAUUUCAUGUAUUCUUACAAUUUGCCCUUGGUGACAACGGGGAUACUUUGCUGCGUCGGCAUCAUGGGCACUGUACUUGUAUCACACAUUCCAAUCAACUCUCGAUUCAACGACCUUGCCUGUGUGCUGGCAAUGCUUUGCCGAGACCCUCAUCCCCGCCGGGCAUACAUGAUGCUUCCAACCCUCGAAUGUGAGGGUCGAUUGUCUAAGGUUUCGCCGGCUGACUUUGUGUGAGCAGCGGCAAUAGAUGAUCGCGGUUCCGUGAUCGGUCAAGCGAGGUCGGCUGUC